AUUGGGAUUUAGUGGAAAAGUAUUGAAACAUGGUGUAGAACAUUACUCAGACAAAACUAUAGAUAUAACUAAAAUAAAUACAUUAUUCAUUGAAUGUAAUAUCGUUUCUGGCUCAUAUAUAAAUAACGUGUCUGCACAUACUCUUCAUCAGUUUUCACUUGUCGUUAGCCCAGGCUAUAAAAUAACAGAGACACCGGCUAAUGUAAUAUAUUUACCUGUAAACACUAGAACAAUAAAUACCUUAGUCUUAAAAGUAACCGAUCAGGAUGGUAAUUUAGUGAAUUUUCGUGGAGAAAAAAUAACAAUAAAGCUACAUCUGAAACCAUUUUCUUAAAAUAAUGAUAAUUUACAAUAACAACAAUAACAAUUGCAAUAUAAACGAUUUUUAUAAGGAUUCAUCAUUCAGUCGGUCAUUAUCAACGUUGAACGCAAGAGAAAAACCAUCACCUCAACAUACUAAUACUCUUCUAAGCAAGAACAAUCAAGAGUUUUUAAAAAAAUUAGGAUUUCGUUUAAAGAUAUAAAAAAAAAAAGGAAAAAACAACAUGAGUAAUUUUAUAAACGUUUUGCAGAAGCCACUAUUUGAUAAUUCAAUCAUCAAAAAAGAAUAUCAUAGUUAUACAUCAUAUUUACAGUCGUAUAAAAAUAAUGAUGAAAUUCGUAUAUCGAUUCAAAAUCAAGAUUUGUAUGUUUUACCACACGAAAGUUUUAUAUACGUUGAAGGAUUUGCAACGAAGGAAGAUUCAACAAUAUCAACGAAUAUACGACUCUUGAACAAUUGUAUAGCACAUUUAUUUGAUGAAAUUCGCUAUGAACUUAAUGGAGUAGAAAUUGAUCGUACUAGACAUUUGGGCAUUACAACUGAAAUAAAAAACUAUGUCUCCCUGAAUAAAUCUCAAAGUGAAAAUCUCUUAAAUGCAGGCUGGGCACCUUCUAAUAUCGAUGAUCUGACACUUGUGAGCGGUUAUUUCAAUUUUUGUCUACCAUUAAAACUAUUACUUGGAUUUGCAGAGGAUUUCAAUAAAAUUAUAGUCAACUCUAAACAUGAAUUGAUUCUUUUACGUUCAAAAGAUGAUAAACAAGUCUUAAAGUCUACAGUUUCUACAGAAAACAUUAAGCUAUCCAUUCAAAAUAUAACAUGGAAAGUACCGCAUAUUCAGCUUGCAGAUGCAUACAAAUUGCAAAUGUAUAAAACAAUCAACAAUCGUCAACCAUUAAAUAUAACAUUUAGAAGCUGGGAUAUGUACUAUUAUCCUGCACUUCCAACAAGUACAACUGUUUUGUGGAAUGUUAAGCUAGCUAGUGAAAAUGAAAGACCUCGUUUUCUUCUUAUUGCCUUUCGCAGUAAGGACAACAAGUUUUUACACUGUGACUUAUCAGAUGUAAAAGUACAUCUAAAUUCUGAUACUUACCCAUAUGAUGAUCUAAAUCUCAAAUUUGAUAGAAAUCGUUUUGCAUUAUUAUACGAUAUGUACUAUAAGUUUCAACAAAGCUAUUAUUUUCGUGAUCCACAACCAUUGCUAACACGAGAAAAAUUUAAAACGGAUGCACCAUUAAUAGUUCUGGAUGUGACUCAUCAAAAUGAAACGGUUAAAACUGGACCAAUCGAUAUUCGCAUUGAGAUAAAAACCCUAAAAAAUAUACCAGCUGAUACAUCUGCAUACUGUUUAAUUAUACAUGAUAAAAUGUUUGAGUACAUUCCUCUGACAAAUGAAAUUAAAAAACUAUUGUAA